AUGAGCUUGUUUGCAGAGUUGGUAGAGGAAGGGGAGGAUGCAGAAGGGCUGGUGCACGUCGAGGACUUGGGACAUGAGGUGACCCUCCAGGAUCUGGAAGAGGCUUUAGCAGAGCUCGCAGCACAAAACGAGCAGCUGGAAGUGGACUGCCGAGGUCUGGAGGCCCACUGUCGCGACUUGGAGCGUGCCGGUUGGCCGGUGCCCUGCAAAUUGGCCGAUGUCAUCCGAGCAUCAGAGACGGUGGAAGAGGUGGAACCGGCACAGGGCCAGGGCGGCCAGGGCGAGCCCGAUGCUGUCUCCGAGCACAUGUCGAUCGUACUGGCUGCAGAAGCCGCUUUGAAGGCCUCGGAAGCUGGUGGAAGUGCAGUGCAGGCAGCAGAAGUUGGAAAAGCUUUGGCAAGUGCAUCUUCUGGAGUGGAGCCGGGAAGAUUCCACGAACUAGCAUUGCCUGUAAUCAGCCGUGCGAUUUCGGCCGUGUUUUGUGACGAUGGAGAUGCGCCGUCGGCAGCACGAGCUGCAGCCAAUGCGGCCGUGACGGCUGGUCUGCAGGCCGAUGCUGCGGCUGCGGCCGGGUUUGUUGCUGCAGGGAUGGUUGCCGGAAAGCAUGCGCUGCGAAAUGGAAAGGACAUGAAGCACGCAGCUGAGCUUGGCUGGAAGACUGCCAUGGAGCUUGCCCAAGCUGGAGGCCUUUCCAAAGAUGCGGCUACACGAGUUGCGGCGCAGGCGGCAAGCGAGAUCGCUUCAAAAGCAUCGCGCAGCGCGGGCAAAAUCUGUGAGCGGGUGGUCGAAGAUGCUGCAGAAGCUGCGAAGCGGGCAGCGAAGGCUUCGCCGAGUUUGUCCACACGCCUUGGUGUAGAGGUUGCAUUGCAAGCACCUGCUCUGGAUGCCUUGCAGAUUGUAAAGCAUGCCAGCGGUGCGAUCGCCGCCAUUACUCGCGAGGCGAUGCCUGGUGCAGAGGAAGAGCUGGUCAAAGAGGUUCACCGAGCGACGAGCCGUGUAAUGGAAGAGGCAAUGAAUGUGGUGAUUGCAAAAGCAUCGCACAGCAAAGAGGCCGUUCUCGUUCAAUCGCCGGAAGUAUCGCCGAACGUGCCGAACCAGCAGAAUGAUCAAGAGGACAGGGUGAAGGAGUUGAUGAAGGCGCGUGAGAAGUCUUUUGCAGCUAUGGCCGACAUGCAGGAACGUUGUGCCUGCCAGCAGACUGAGAUGGAGCGCUUGGUACGAGAGCGAGCCGGCGAUCAAGAGGAGCUACUGAAGCUGCGUCAGCAGCUCCGCAACAUGGAGCAGCAGUUGCAGGAAGCCGAAGCACGGGAGCAGCUGCGCGAAGGCGACCACAUGGACAGUCUGAGUGCCACGACUGGAGACGACACUUCGUCUUUGGCCGACAGCUUGGCUGGGAGCGUGCGCAGAAUGCGGAAGAAGAGGAAUGCUCGUGCAGGACAGAAUUUUCGACAGGCAAAGUGCUUGGACGAAGGUGUCGACGUCAGCACAACCGAGGAUGCCGAUCCGGAAGAAAGGCUGAUCCGGAUUCUGGUUGCCAAAUCGCAUGCAUCGCCGCUCUGGCGUGACUUGCUCAUCUUUAUACUCGAGAAAGCGGGCCACGCAAGCACAGCACCAAUGACAACGGAAGCCGAAAUAAAGAAGGAGCUGCAGCUCAUGGCCUAUCAGGUCAAGGACAAGCUAGGUUCGCUCGAGGGCACAACGCCGUCACAAGAGGGCAUGCUAGAAACUAUGCUGAAGACAGUCGGGAAGGUCACUGAUCAGGCUGUGGAUUCCGCCGUUUUGUACGUGACGCAAGAUUCGCCGGCUCCAGAGGCAUCAUCGCGCGAUCCAGAGGUCGUCGUCAAGGAGGCCUUUGCACCCGAGCGGGUAGAUCCGGCUCCAGCCUCAGCUGCCUCACGCCGUUACGAGUCCAGGCAGGCACAGGCUGGCGCCGACGCGUUCAAGCAGAAUGCUCGGCUUCGGCUGGCGGCGCGUUGCUGCUUCCGUCUCCUCCAAACCGGGCGGCUAAGCCACAGGAACUCUGAAGGCCGAAUGCUGAGCCUCGUGUCUUUCUUGGCGGCGAAGCUUACGGAGCGGCAGCGGCACAGCGGCGCGGCGAUGCGAGCUGCCGCGGCGGGGCACCACUGCACUUCCGAGACGCCAGCGGAGCCUCGCGAAGGAGGCAAAAGCGGUGAAGAGCGGAGGCUGUGGACAAGGUGGAGAUCUUGUGCUUUGCUGACGCUCCAGGACGACUAUGGAGCGGUGUGUGAGCUUCACUUCUGGGCAGGUGCCGCCACGAGCAGUCAAAACAGGGGAGGAACGGCACUCGACACACCAAGAGUCCUGCUCAGCCAGGCCAGAGCUAGGAACAUCCGAACCUGGAUCUCCUGUGACCUGGAAAAAGACUGUCACUGCAGUGCCACAGCACUGCAAGGCUUGCUUCAUCUUGCUUCGAGAUGUCAGCGUUGA